UUGUUUCAAAAAUUCCAUUUUCCUUCCUCAUCAAAAUUCUCUCUGACGCUGACGGCACACAGAUCUAGUUCCUGAUACUUAUAGAAACUUCUCUGGAAUUCUUAAUACGACUCGCUCUCUCUAUGUCACCAUGGCUCGAGGAUCCUCCCAGUCGCAAGCUUCUUCUGGUCCCACGUCCCGCCCGGGCACCAUGACCCCGCGUGGGUCGGCUGCCGUCACUGCCGGCAUGCGCCGCCGCAGGCUGGGCGGCGGCUCAUCAUAUUCCACCUCCUCUGGCGUUCGCGGAGGAGCAUCCAGCAGCAACAUGCUGAGGUUUUACACUGACGAUGCACCGGGACUGAAGAUCAGCCCCACUGUGGUCCUUGUCAUGAGCCUCUGUUACAUCGGGUUCGUCACUGCGCUCCACGUCUUCGGAAAGCUGUAUCUUCACAAUUCUGGACCGAGUUCCUGAUUCUCACAGGUCGUUACGUCACUAGCUUGGAUCCUGGAAACCGGAGCUGCUUGUUUGGUGAACAUUAAUAAUUCUGUGUGCUACGUUAUGUUUUUAGCUCUUGUAGAUAAAAGAGGAUAAGUGCUUUCGCGUUUCUUUCUGUUUUGAUGUUAAUAUACUUUCGGACAUAAAUCUUAGUUCAAAUACUUUCGUAGUACCAAUUAAUGGUUCUACUAAUUUGAGUACAUUGCAUUUUGAUGUUGUGCAUUUGGCAUUUUAAUCCUUUUAACUAGAUGAAUUAUGUUGAGUUAUUGUUGGGUUUUGCUACCCAGUGAA